UCUUACUCUCGCGUCAUAGAAAGCAAAACCCAUUGUUGAUCAAUGGAAGAUGGAUUAGCUGAAUACGAAGGUACGCACAGAGAUUUUUCUUUGGAAUCGAGUUCGGAGUGUGUGGAACGUAUAAUUAGUAUAUCCUUACUAUGGUAGGAUUUCUUUUCCAAUGAUUGUGUGCGGUGAAAUUUGAAGAAUUAUGCCAUGUCUAGUAAGGAAUUAAAAGAAUACCUGUAUGGAAAUAAACCUAUUUUGUAGUGGAAUAGGAACUCCACCAAGGGCUGCAACCAAACAGCCCUCUUCUUCUUGGGAAAAAAAAAAAAAAAAAACUCCCCAAGCAGUGAAAGCACGACUCACAAAUUCACAACCCAAAAUUGCUGAGCUACGGUAGUUUCCCACGGCUACACACCGCCACGCUCCUCACCUCGGAGCCGGUAACCGGAGAUACAGCAUCCACAACGCCACUUGAGCAGCACCGCACGCCGUUCAGCCCGUCACCAGCACUCCUCCUGAUCAACACUGCAACACCGCACCACUCAACCACCGGAGUGGCGCCGCUCUCCCACCGCAGACGUAGACGGAGAUCCAUACACGGGAAGGGAAAACCAACCACCACACGCAGCACUACAGGGUUAGCUGGUGUGGAUUGUGGUGAAGUAUAAGUCAAUCAUAGAUGGGAGAUACUGAGGAUGGUGUAAAGCCGAAGAGAACAGUUUUCGUAACAGUAGGAACAACGAGUUUUGAUGCUCUUGUUAGAGCAGUUGAUACUCAGGAAGUUAAGGAUGAGUUGUUGAAAAGAGAGUAUACCCACCUUAUCAUUCAAAUGGGUCGGGGAUCGUACACGCCCACGAAGUCUGGAGGUGAAGAUGGGUCCCUGGCUGUAGACUUCUUCACUUUCUCAUCAAGCAUUGCGGAUCAUCUGAGAUCAGCAUCUCUAGUGAUCAGUCAUGCAGGGUCCGGAAGCAUAUUUGAGACACUGCGGCUUUGUAGGCCUUUAAUUGUGGUGGUGAAUGAAGAUUUGAUGGACAAUCAUCAAAGUGAGUUAGCAGAAGAACUAGCAGAGAGGAAGCAUUUAUACUGUGCUCGUCCUCAAACACUUAAUCAGACCAUAGCAAGUAUGAAUUUGGAGUCUCUCCUUCCAUAUCAUCCAGGUGAUGCCUCGCCAGUCGCUAAGCUUAUUAAUACGUUUCUAGGUUUCCCAGAUGAUUGAUGAAACUGCAAAUCUUUACUUCUUCAAUGGAAUAAAUUACAGUAUAAAUCUUUUUUUUUUUCUUUUUUUUUUUUAUGAAGAGCAUAGAAAUUGAAUUUGUACUUGGGUUUUUCCCAGAACAGUUUGUGUAAGUUGUCAAUUACAUGGAAAGUUUUUGAAGAUUGUGAAAUU